AUGACUCGGUUUUUUUCAGAAGAUUAUUGUAACCCGUUUAAAAAGCCUUUAUUAUGUAUUCAUUGGGUUUCGUCAAAUCCACCACUUUCAAUAAAAAUUACGAAUAUUUCGAAGCAGCUUAAAUCAUUAAUAAAUAGCCAAGAAACCACUAAUAUUGAUACAGAUAAACCAAUUGAAGAAAGUUCAUUUAAUAUUACUGAUAAUAAUAUUACUAUUACUAACCAAACAAUUUUCCAAGAAAGUGAAAACAUACAACCUAUUCGAAAACCAAAUUUGUUUGCUGAAGAAAUUACAGAACUUGAACAAGAUAUAAUUGAAAAACGGGUAGCAUUGCAACAACAACAGUUUGCAGAAUUUGAAAAACGUGAAUUUCAACGUAAAGCUAAAUUUAUCAAUUCCAAACUUUGGUUUGCUACAAAUGAAGAAAUCAAAGAAGCAUUAGAAGGCUGUAAAGUUCAUAAAAGUUUUCGUGAAUUAUUGAAACAACAAGACUCUCAAAAGGAAUCAAUAACAGGGUUACAAACUGGUUCUCAAAAAUCAAUUCAAAAGGAUGAUGAUGACAAAGAAACAACUUUGCAAAGACAUCAAAAAACAGCCUCAAAAAGAGCUAGAGGUUCUAGUAGUAACUUUAGUAAUAAUAGAAUGAAAGGCCGUCUUGCAUUGGAUGAUGCAUUGAAACAAGUAGAAGACUAUGAUAUGAAUCUUGAUAAGGCUUUUGAAGGAUGGUCAAAAGCUCGUGUUAAAGCUUUUAAUGCUAUUAAAACCAAUCCAAAUACAUAUUAUUAUCGAUUCAAUGCACCUGGUGAAGAACAAAGACUAGGUGCAUGGACUGAGGAAGAGGAACAAGUAUUUUUUAACAGAUUGGAGGAAGUUGGUUCUGAAGGUCAAUGGGGAAUAUUUUCAAUAGUGAUUCCUGGUCGUGUUGGUUAUCAAGUAAAAACUGGGAGAAUUAAAGAUCCAAAUUAUGUAAUUGACAGAAAUGGUAAAGCACAUUAUUUGUUUAGUACUAGGAAUAAGCAAACAGGCGAGACGCAAAAAACAAUCAGAACUCAUUCCAAAUAUGGAAAUAGUGGUGGAUGUAAAACUGUUAGAGGAAAUCAUUCUGAUACUCAGGAUAGUCCAAACAGUAGACAUGAAAAAACUUAUGUUUUGAAAUCAUGGAGUAGUAAAAAAAGAGCAAGAUCGUACCAAGUAAAUGAAAGAGUUGAUUUAGAAGUUGUUGAACAAGACGAUGAAAAUCCAUUGCCAGGUUUUAUUGAUCCUAUUACGUUAGAAGAAGUUAAACGUCCAGCAAUCUCUCCUUAUGGGCAUGUAAUGGGGUAG